GCUUGUUGUAGUCUUCCCAACUUGCAGGUAAUUUCUCAUGGAUACCUGACCACCCCUUGAAGGGUACUUAUGCAUAACCGGAUGUAGCCGACAUAUCUAGACUCAAUGCAACGCAAUGCGUGUGACCAGUCUGAGCCUGAGCUGCAAUUUAUCACACGUGUUCAUGCUCAUUUCUGCUUUCUAGCACGCAAUUAUCGACCACUUGCUCUGGAGGUUCAAAAAUAAGUACUUUACUACAGCGAUGGACACAUCUAGAUUCUUUAUCAACUACCAAGGAGAAAAGUACGUGGAUGGCUGGGCUAAUAUCUGGAACUUGGGUGAAUUCCAGAUCUGGGAUAAAGAAUAUCCCAACCCUGCAAUGGAGGAUGCAUUGACCCAGCACCGAUCUAUUCUGGGUGGUCCUCUAAUCGACGAUGGUCAGGGGAAUCUGCGCCGCAAAAAGGCGCUGGUCCCAGGGUGUGGAAGAGGCGUCGAUGUGCUCCUCCUCGCAAGCUUUGGUUACGAUGCCUACGGACUGGAAUGCAGUGCGGUCGCUGUCAAGGAGUGCAAGCAGGAAGAAGCCCGAAACCACCACCGGUAUCCGGCCCGGGACCUGGAGGUAGGCCUGGGGAGCGUUUUCUUCAUUCAGGGCGAUUUCUUCAAAGACGACUGGUUGCAGGAGCUCGGGUUGCCGCUGAACUGCUUUGAGUUGAUUUACGACUAUAGAUUUUUUUGCGCACUGAACCCAUCAAUGCGCCCAAAAUGGGCGCUUCGACAUACCCAACUUCUUGCCCCGUCGCCCCACAGUAAUCUGAUCUGCCUCGAGUACCCCAGAAACAAAGAUCCUUUGUUACCUGGCUCGCCAUGGGGGGUUUCAUCGGAAAUAUAUAUGGAACACUUGAAACAUCCCGGCGAAACAAUCCCCUACGAUGAUUAUGGCCGAUGCAAAAGCGAUCCUCUCCGGAAGCCAGGUGAACGGGCGCUCCAACGGGUUGCAUAUUGGCAGCCCGCGCGGACGCACGAUAUUGGAGUAGAUAGGACAGGAGAAGUUCAGGACAGGAUUUCAGUGUGGCGUCGAGAGUAG